AUGCCUUUUUCUACCCCAACCAGAGGUAGCUACGAAAAGAGAGUACAUACACCUCCUACUAUAGAACGCGAAAGUGGAUCGAGGACUGCAUCCAAAUUUCUAAAAGGACUAUCGAAUAGCGUCUUCAAAAAGCCGGCAAAUGAGAUAUCCAGCCAAAAUGUAAAAAUAAGCACAAGUGGGAGCUUUAGGUCGAAUAAAACUUUAAGAAUGUCAAAAAGGACUAAUACUCCUGAACCAUUGAACCUAUCUGGUAUUUUAUCACCCCCACCUUCCACCAAAAGAGGCGAAUUAAGCCGCAAGACAACCUCUACUUCCCAUUCUUCCCAGUCUUCCAAAGCAACACUUUUAGCAUCUCCUAUAACACUAUUCCCUUCAUCAAAGGACAAGAAAGGACCCACUAAAUUAAAGAAUGCUCUCCAAUCCCCUGUAAUUAUUAAGAAAGAUACAAGCAGAUUUGAAAGCAAAAGAAGAGGUUACUUAGAAGAGGCUUCUCCGCUUCAUAUGAAAAACCUUUCUCAAAACAUCAGAAAGUUACGAAGCAAUAGCUCAAACUAUAAGAAACAUGUUGGUGAAACGUGUUCUAUCUGUGACGAGCAGAUUUGUAACAGCUUUUCAGGUGAGAAAACUUUAGAGUUGACGUGUUCCCAUGUAGCACAUUUUAACUGCUACCUCAUUGUUUUCGAGGAGGCGUACCAUCACGCCAAAAUUCCGAAUUGUAGAUCUUGUAAUAAGUCUUCGGAGCCUGUGGACGAUGAUAGCACCGAAUUGCUCAUGUCGAAUGUCUUGAGCAAUAAUCAAAAUUACGGGAAGACAAGUAGCGAACAAUAUUUGGAACAAAUAAUUCAUAAAGGUUCUGAAUUUCUGGCCACAAGCUUUACACCGAUCGAUCAAACAAUCAAGACGGCUGACAUUACGUGUGACGGGUUUAAUGCGCUCACGAAAUCAGAUAGCGAAACAAUAACUGAUUUAAGAACGGGUGGUAGCUUUUCCCCUAUUUUCACAUAUACUAGUAUUGCGAGUGAUAUCGACGACUCAGAUGAAGAUGAGGAUACCAAUGCACCACAGGUUGAAUAUUCUUUAGACACUACCGACCACGAACCACAAAUAUCCUUGAAGUUCCCUGGUGCCCAAGUAGUUCACAAUCUACUGAGUCGGUUGCAACAAGCCAAUGACGGCAAUCAGGAGGAAGAACUUCGACGCUUGAUCAUGGGUGAGGUCAGGGAAAAAUUUGAUGUUACGGCCACCGCUGCUCAAUUGUUGAUGUUCGAUUUUGUAAAUUACUCCACCAACGGUGAGGAAUGGGAGAAAAAUGUCCUAUUGUACUACUUCCAGGAUGUUCUGAUCAUAUACGAUGACGACAACUGCAAAAUCAUAGGCAAGAUCCCGAUUAAUCAAAUCUCCAAUGCUGUAACCAUCAACGAGGAAAAGUUAUUGCUCGACCUAAAGAGCACCAUAGUACCGGAAAUAUACUUGCAGUUCACGAGGACACUAAGCUCCAACUCCAAAUUUUUGACAGAGAAAUGGAAGUAUUAUCUUACCUAUACCCAGGAAAUUCCUUCUAUGAUGCAGAUGACAGAUACUGCACUGUCCGUCUUAUCCUCCAAAAUGUGUGAUAUGUUCCUUGACUGGACUAGAGAUAAAAGUCCCGCCAAUGAGGAAAUACGAUGGUGGGACAAGCGAAUCUUUCUCCGUUUGAUUGUCUGUGUUAGUGUCAGCUCGUUCGGUUCCGGUGACUCGAAAGAAAAUUACAAGGAUACACUAGUAGCUCAAUUAAAGGAAGUUGUGAGCAGCUUAAACAAAGAUGAUUUAUUUGGAUUGGUACUUACAGGGAAGAAGGGUGAUGGGACUUUUGGUCGCAAUGGUACAUUCGUCGGUAUGGUUAACAAACAGUGGGACGGAUGGAAUGAUUUUAUCGACGGAUUGAAUACCACUGGCGAUUCUAUUUUUGGGAGUGAGGAGGAGGAAAUGUCAGUAGCUUUGGAGACUUGCUACAAGCUUGCCUCUAGUGUCAAUAUAGGGGACACACAGACAGAGACUUACCUAAACCAAAUUAUUGUCUUGAAGGGAACAGAAGAUACCGACCAGACUAUCGAACGGACCAAUAUCAACAUGCCUGGGAAGAUCUUGGACGUUUUAUUCGAUCGUCAUGAGUUUGAGCUUGAAAAGAUCGGACUCUGGAAGGGCAGUGCUUCCAUUUCUCAUAAAAUAGACAACCUGCGUCAGAAAACUGUCAAAGAACUGAUCGUUCGGAUUAAUGACAUUGAUAUUAAGAUGGGUAGCAUGAACCCCCGCUUAGUGAAAAAAUGCAAAGUGAAAGAAUACAGAAAUCUGCUGAGUAAUGAAUUUGGUGAAUGCACGGUGAAAUGGUUGGACGUGAAAACAAAAUUGAGACACGAGGAACGUGUUAAGUUAUCGUUUAACAAGACAUAG